GUGGUGAGGUGGUUCAGCACGUGGGGAGAUGCUGGGCGGGGCGGCGGGGGGCGCCCGCUCCCGCCCGCCCACUGAUCUGCACCAAGGUGUCACAAGAUUUCCGCUGUAUUCACUAUUUCCAAACCAGGGUGGCAGGUCUACACAAAUACAUAAAGUGACGGAGAGCCUGUUCUCCACGUCGCUGUCCACGUUCGGCGUACCAACCCCGCCGCCCAACUCGCCCUACUCGCCGCUUCAGCUCGAGCUGCUCAACUGUGCGCAGCGUGUCUUCGUCGCCGACAAGGAGACCAGUAAAAUGGAAGAGGCGAAGAUAGGAAAGUGCUUAUCCGAACCGCUCUGCUGUCCGGACCAGAGACAGUUACUCGAAGGCGUUGGCAUGAUGCAACCACUCACGAUUAAGACGGAACAAGCUAAGCGUACUUGCAACACUUGCCUGACAAAUUCACCCAAAAAGGUGAUACACACGGACGGCGGCUGCAGUCGUACUAACCCAGUAACGUGGCUCGGCGUGGCCGGCCAGAACGUACAGGUCCAAGUGAAGCGAGAGCCGCAGCACGUGCACGUUUCGGAGCUAGUCGCUGUCAAACUGGAGCAGGCCUCGCCGGGGAACAAGACCGAGCAGGCACCGCCCGCCAUACCCGCUUCGUUGAACAACGGUUCAAUACCCGUCGGGAUAGCUGUCGCUCGCCAACGAGUGGGCGACGCAGGUCUCUUUGCAGCUCUCUCGCAGAAAGAUAAUAAUCAACGGCUACAUGAUCUUGGUAAGUUUUACGGAACAAUACGAAUAUACGAACCGUACCUUAUAACUCAUACUUGUUAUUUUUUUAUUAUCACAAUGAGCUGUAGACUUAGGUCGGUGUCACAGGACACAGACACAGAGCGAGGGUCGCUGCAGGCUUCACAGUCGGAAACAAGUUCAACAACCCUGCCUAAAAAUAAACACGAGUUCCAAGAUGAAAUCCUCCCUCGUGGAAGACCCUCGUCGGAUUUAGGGAACACUCGCUACGCGGCGCUAACUCCCUGGUACACGCUGAGACGUUCCUAUCCACCUCUAAACGCGGCGCAGGCGGCCAUGACGGUGGGCGUGGCCAACGUGCUCUGCGACGAUCGCUCCGCCCCUCUGGCGUGGCCGACACCCGCGCCUGCGCCCCCCGCGCCGCUCUGGCAGUACCCCGGUAAGACGCCUCCCCCGCAUUCAUGUUCGCCUGGUAACUACGCGCCAACUGAAUUGCGAGAGCGCCGCUUUAGCGUUGCUAGCGCGCCAGCGUCUAAUACACCACCUCCUGCGAUGUCAUGCCGCUUUGGUAGCGGCAUUGCAACUGAGUUCGACCGUUGGUUUUACCGGUUUUUCGCUCAAGUAUCAAUGGAGAGUAUGAUGGUGGGUGGAGUCGGCGGCAUGGGAAUUGGAUCAAUGGGAGGUGGCGUCUCGUCUGUGGGAGGCUUCCAGCUCGUGCGCGAACCUACUUCAGGGGCACUUCUGCUAUUGCCUGCACCACCAGACCUACCACAUACAGUUGUCUGGGGUGGAGUUCCUUACUCCUCCGCUCCUCUCCUACUUCCCCCUGCUCCACACCCUUCCCACCAUCUUCAACUACUACCAGGUGACCUCCUCGCCUCAACAGCGACCCUACAACAUACACACACCCAUUCCACUCGACUGGUAACUCUUGCCCCGGCUCCUCCGCCUCAACCACAUCCCACACACUCAAUGGAGAAACGGAAACCAAUUCUGCAACCAUUAAUUACCCCACACCAUACUUUAAUAAAAAUCGAACCGGAGCCACCACAAGAGAAACCACCCACAUUUGCCUCGGAACCUGUCCAGCAGCCGAUUCUUACGACACAUUUGUACUACCAACCUGACUUUUCAGAGCAAGCAUGUAGGAGUCAGGCGACAUCACCCGCAGCGCCCCCUACACCCCCUCCAGAUGCACAAGAAGUUCCCGCUCACAAAGACGCCUCAAAUCAAACAGAUCACAUAGACGACGAAGACGAGUCACCGAAUCUGGCUGAUGAGGAUGAAAGGGAGGUGGCGUGUGUCGGUGUUGCUCAUUUCCCUGAAGAAAACAAUGUGAUACAGAUGCACACCCUACAACCGCAUCCGAUUGACAGUAUAGAAGAAUCAUCCUCCGAAAGCCUUGGGGCUUCCAACGUGGUCGGUGCAGUGGAAAAAGCGAUAGACGCUAUAGAAAGAGAUGAGACAUUAGAUAACAACUCAAACAGUGGCGGCUCUCACGACUUAGUCAUAGACACUGCUCGGUCUUCAACUCCGCCCGCGCCGCCGCUGCCUCCUGUGAGGCCUCCCGUCGAUGUCAGUGGUCUGGAACUGCUGUCGAACAGUAUCGAACACUUCGAACGCACGACACCCGGUAAUAACAUGCCAAGCUUAGAAAGUACGCCUUUAACUAUCGACACAAGAACGACUUUGAAUAUUUCGAAAAUUUUAAUUAAAACAUCUCCAAAAUCGCCGCCCCGUACAGAUUUGGAACCACACAGAAGAUUCGAGUUUCCAACUUCGGAACCUAAUUCUGAACAAGGCAAACCUUCCCUUGAUGGCUUAGACUUGUUGUGCGCUUUAGCUGAACAAAGAUUUAUGGAGGAGGUCGAAGAGAGUCCUCAAUCUAAUUUAUCGUCGAUACCUAUAAAAACUGAACCAUUAUUGAGUCCCACGGAAAGAGAAAUAGACAGGUCUACUGAGACUAAGAAAGAGAGGCACAGGAAUAGAGAAGAUUCCAGUGAAAGCAGACGAAAGAGAAGUCGUGACAGAGAAGACAGGUUACGACAUAAGAUGGAAAAAAUGAGACGGCACAAACGGGAAAGAAAAGAAGAUGAACAUGGAAGACAACUAGAAGACAGUCUACGUCGCGUUACGACGUGUUCUUGCGGUACAUAUAACUGUACGCAUUCUUCAACUUUGCCUUCAGCUAAGGAUAUCAUGAAUGCCGUGGAAAGAGACAUCAGGAUACGUAUACAGGAUUUACAGAGAGAAUAUGAUGAAAAGCGUGCUCAACUGAAUGCCUUACCUCCGGCUUUACCCGCGCUUUCUACAGCCUCUACUUCAAGCACGCCAGCUCUAUCGCCAGACUCUGACCGAGGAUCGUCGAAGAAGCGUAAAGUGGGGCGACCGAGGAAAGUGUCUAGUCCAGAUUCAACUGAGACUAUUGUGGCCAAGAAACCCAAGUCUAAAAGUAGUAUUGUUGGGUACUUACUAGCGAAAAGCAAAUUAAAAGGCAAUAUUUUAUGUUCGAAGGGAGAACCUUCUAGAGAAGACAAGAACAGGACGAGUAAAGUACGACCUAAAUUGAAAGCAGAACCUAUAGUAAAAAUGCAUUCAGAAGAAGAAGAACACGAAUGGGGUCUUAACAGAUCAGCGAGUUCUUCGAUGGAAAGUCUCAACGAGGUUCGACAGAAAAAUCGAGAGAAAGUAGAUCGGUUAGCGAGGAAGCAUUCAAGAGACGAUCUUUCUGAAAUAGAAUUGGCUAUUCGUCGAGCGAGCGCUUCUAGUGAUAGCGAUAAAGAGAAACGAAAGGCGAAAAAACGGCAUAGAGGUACAAAGUCGAACGAGAGAAAUAAAAAAGAAAUCAAAGUGGUCGCAACGGAGCCGGCUGUGCAGCCACAAGUGAUAUCAAGGUGCACUUUAACUGAGGAUAAGCUAGACUCAUCCCCGCGAGUACUAACUGCGAGAGGCGGAUUGUUCUACGCGGGGAAGUUGAGCGCGGUGCAGGCGCCGGACGUGUACGCCAUAACGUUAGAUGGUGAAAGAGGGAAUAAACCUCACAUACUAUCUAGAGAAGAAACGCUGAGAGAUGCUAUCCUCGAAGUAAGUCCAGCAUUAGUCACUGACCUGCCAUCUGGAACGCGUGUUUGCGCUUAUUGGUCUCAACAAUACAGAUGCUUGUACCCUGGAACUGUUGCUGUUUCUUCCCCGGAUCCUCAUGAUGACAAGUUCGUUGCUGUAGAGUUUGACGACGGAGACUCAGGAAGGAUAGCGAUAGAGGAUAUUAGAUUUUUGGAGCCCAAUUACCCAGUUGUCGAAUAUGAGAACACAUUGUUUACACUGGGAAAGAGAAGGAGAAACACGAGUGUGACUGAAGAGAAGAAAUUAGUCGCGUCCACGAGUACCGAGGUUAAAGUCAAUCCGCCGCAGUCACCGACCAUGCAAACACAAAACGAAGACACACACAGGGAGAGAAAGAAACUUAAAAAACACCGAAAAGAGAAAAUGAGAAUGCUCACGAGUGAAGAGGACCCAACUUCAGUCGAAUAUGUAAAAAAGAAAAAGAAAAAACACAAGUGCUGCGACGAACGUUGCAAACAUAGACGUCACCACAAGAAGCAUCACAGAAAGCACAAGAAACGACAUCAUUCGGUAAGCAAAGAUCAUUCGAGUUCAUCUGGUGAUGAACAUAGGCAAAAGUCAUCAUCGGACUACAUCGACUCGAAUAAAUCGAACGAGGAUUCGCUCGAUUCUAAUGACAGAUUGUCGACUUUGAUAGCAGUCGAGAAGUCUCCAGAGGAGAAAAUGAAGACCGUUAUCAAGAAAGCCGUUCUGUCGAAAAAAACUUUGGUUAAAAGCCCAGUGUUAGACUUUAGUAAUUUGAGCAAGAUCGCUUCAAACAACGAGGAGAGCGAAAAAGAUAACUUAAAAGACAGCGGGAUUGGAUUGGAAGAGGAAGGGCCGUCUACGUCAUCUGCUGCCACUGAUAAAAAGAAAACGAAGCGACGAACGGUGUCGUCGACGUCGUCAGACGGCGGGGGCGGCGUGAGCAAGAUGGCGGCCUUCCUGCCGGGCGGCGCGCUGUGGCGCUGGCACGGACCCGCCUACCGCCGAACCGCGCGCCCCCGCCACCGGAAGCUCUUCUACCGCGCCAUCCAGCGCGGCGAGGAGAUCCUGCACGUGGGCGAGGCGGCCGUGUUCCUGUCGACGGGGCGCGCGGACCGGCCAUACAUCGGACGCAUCGCGGCGCUGUGGGAGGCGCGCGGCGCCAUGGCGGUGCGCGUGCACUGGUUUUACCACCCCGAGGAGACGGCCGGCUGCGAGCGUCUGCACUACCCGGGCGGGCUCUUCGAGUCCCCGCACACGGACGAGAACGACGUGCAGACGAUAUCGCACAAGUGCGAGGUGCUGCCGCUGGAGCAGUACCGGGAGCGCAUGAACGACGACCCCGCCAAGUACAGCACCGUGUACGACAACAACGACGUGUACUACCUCGCUGGCCACUACGACCCCACGCAGCAGCUGCUGCGCAUGCAGCCCGGCGUGCCGCACGCCGCCGCCUCUUAGGCGCCUCUGCGAACCUGGU